AUGUCUCAACCACCGUCCCCAUACCCUCCACAGUCGCCUUUCUACUCUCAAGCUAUGAAUCCCAUUCACGCAGAUACCCCCCCUCCACCACCCCCAAAACCCAACAGCCACGAAGCCAGUCGACGGGGCACCCCGCAAAACACCUCUACACACUGGCAGCCAGACAACCAGACCGGCACACAGCAAAGCGCAUACCCCAACAAUGCUCAACCAUAUAUGCCCGAACCCCCAACUAUCGAGGAGGGUUGGCUCCCAGACCUAGUAUCCGACAAAUCAACAACCGACCUUCAAACAAUUCUCAAGGACCCAGCCCUGAUCUCCGCCCUUUCAAGCCAACAUCCAUCCUAUACAGCGCGGCAACAAUACCUCGAGACCCUCAUCCAAUCGAACAAAGACCUCGCAAACCGCGUCAUAGAGAUGCAGAACCACCUCACCGAGGUCCGCGCCUCCACUGAAACAAUGCUGAUAACACACCAGUCGCUGGAGGUAUCCUGGCGCAAAAAGCAAGCUGAGAUGGACGCCGCCCUAGCGCCGUGGUCGCCGAAAGCGCUCUACCAGCGCUUCAGUGCGGCCAUCACGGAGCAAGAAGCUGUCUGCCGUGCCGUUGAAGAGAGUUUCCUCGAUGAAGACCACCACGGCCGAGUGACGGAGAAGGAAAUUGCAGAUUGGGUGCGGCGCGUACGGGCCGAGGCAUCUAAAUUAGCAGCCCGGAAGGAGGCUAAGGCACGGUGGGACGAGGGACGUGUUGGUGGUUGGCGAUGA